AAGUGGUACCGUUUUUUUUAGUUAGGGAGCUGAUGGUAAACAGGUUUUGUUCAGUGCAUCAUUGUGGCACAGUAUCCCAAUAAAUAGUCUCUGUUCGUGCAGUGUUCAUAUAUUUACAACCUUUGUUAAAAGCAGAAUAGCCUGUGGUCAACACUUCAAAUCUUCCAUCGGACACUACUCCCCCCACCCCCAAAAAAUCCGCUCAUGAGGAUAAUUUGAUGACACUCCCUGCCUCUGGUAAUUUUUCAUUAUAUCGACUCUCCAGCAGAGACCGCGCCUGCGCUCCUGCUCCCUUCCGAACAAGGCUUCACCAAUCCUGGCUCUGGCUCCAUCCCCGGCUCGGCGUCCCACAGGCCAAGCGCUAAUAAGUCGCCCUAGCUGUCCAGUAAUGGGGAAGUGAUAGGGAGACGCCGCUGUCUUAAAAGCCGUGAGGAAGUUGAGGAGUGACGGGAAAGCUCCGCGCCGCGCCGGACCGGACAGCUCCAGAGAGACACAUCCUACAGUUGCUGUUGUUGAGUAGCCUAAAAAAGCGCAUAGUGAUGGAGAGAAAGCGUCCUGGCAUGCCGUCUGGAGCGAGGAUGCCCCACCAGGGAGCUCCCAUGGGCCCCCCCGGCCCACCGUAUGGAGGGAGCCCGGCGGUGCGGCCCGGCCUGCCCUCCCCGGUGAUGGAACCCAGUCGCAAGAGGCCUGCCCCCUCCCAGCAGGUCCAGCAGCAGCAGCAGCAGCAACAGCAGCAGCAGCAACAACAGGCCGUCCAGAACCGGGCCAGAAAGAAGCCAGUCGGAUUCCCCGGAGCCAAUGAGAUGCCGGCGAGGCAGAUGGACAUGAGAGAGCCCCAAUCAGAUCCCACGCUUGGAUCAAAUGCUAAGAGAAGGAAAAUGGCAGACAAGAUUCUUCCGCAAAGGAUUCGCGAGCUGGUCCCUGAGUCUCAGGCCUACAUGGAUCUGCUGGCGUUUGAGCGUAAACUGGACCAGACCAUCAUGCGCAAACGUGUGGACAUCCAGGAAGCACUGAAGAGACCAAUGAAGCAGCAAAAGCGUAAACUGAGGCUUUACAUAUCCAACACCUUCAACCCUGCCAGACCUGAUGCUGAUGACUCUGACGGCAGCAUUGCAUCGUGGGAGCUGCGAGUAGAGGGGAAGCUGCUGGAUGAUCCGGGGAAGCAGAAGAAGAAGUUCUCUUCGUUUUUUAAGAGCCUGGUGAUCGAGCUGGACAAAGACCUGUACGGUCCUGACAACCACCUGGUCGAGUGGCACCGCACGCCCACCACCCAGGAGACGGACGGCUUCCAGGUGAAGAGGCCGGGAGACGUGAGCGUGCGCUGCACCCUGCUGCUGAUGCUGGACUACCAGCCUCCCCAGUUUAAGCUGGACCCUCGCCUGGCUCGCCUGCUUGGCAUUCACACUCAGACUCGCUCCUGCAUCAUCCAGGCCCUCUGGCAGUACGUCAAGACCAACAAGCUGCAGGACUCCCAUGACAAGGAGUACAUCAACUGUGACAAGUACUUCCAACAGAUCUUUGAUUGCCCACGGCUGAAGUUCUCUGAGAUCCCUCAGCGUCUCACCAACCUCCUCCUGCCCCCUGACCCCAUCGUCAUCAACCAUGUUAUCAGUGUGGACCCCAAUGACCAGAAGAAGACGGCCUGCUAUGACAUCGACGUGGAGGUGGAAGACCCCCUGAAGAGCCAGAUGAGCAGCUUCCUCCUCUCCACCGCCAACCAGCAGGAAAUCGCCUCACUCGACAACAAGAUCCAUGAGACCAUCGAGUCCAUCAACCAGCUGAAGAUCCAGAGGGACUUUAUGCUCAGUUUCUCCAGAGAUCCCAAGGGCUACAUCCAGGACUGGCUCAAAUCCCAGAGCCGAGACCUAAAGUUAAUGACAGAUGUGGUGGGUAACCCUGAGGAGGAGAGGAGGGCGGCGUUUUACCACGAGCCUUGGUCCCAGGAGGCCGUCAGCCGCUAUUUCUACUGCAAGAUCCAGCAGAGGAGACAGGAGCUGGAACAGGCCUUAGCUGUCCGCAACACCUAAACCAAGGCCCUCCUGAGUCUCUGCAACUGAUUUCAGAGCUCUGUGUGUGUGUGUGUGUGUGUCUAUGUGUGUGUUUGGGUGUGUGUGUGAGGCCAUCGCUGUCGUCUGCUGAGACCUAAUACCUCUAAAAGUGUCGGUAACUUUAAAAAACAGCCUUUGUCUUAGCGAUCACAGUGAAAUUUCUGAAGUUUGAAAUUAGAGAGAGGAUUUUUUCACAAGACCGCAGCGAUGUCCACGUAUGGAAGCCAGAUCUCGAUGCACAUAACGCGUCCACUGCAUAUUUGUUCCGUUUUGUGCAGGACCGUGUGGACACACGGCCGUCCCUCAGAGGUCGACCCCCUUGGACCACAAACAUCCUCAGACUCACUGCCCGAUAAACAAAACCUCACCUCUUCAUCAUUACUCUCCACUUUGUAAAUAAUGUCACUAGCAACCCCCCCACACACACACACCUCGAGACAAACUCUAAGCUGGCUCACGCCACUUCCGGAAAGUCAUCUCACAGUCUGCCACCGUGUCUGACAGAAAUGUACAUGACGUAACCCCAUGUCAGUCAGUCCUCACAGCGCUCUUCAUAGUUUAUCUUUUCCAACUCUUUAUAAAACCGUCUUUCUUUUUUGGGGGGAGGGGGGUUGGCUGUAUGUGUGACUGUGUGUGUGUUUUCAUUUGUUCUCAUUAGGAGAGUGUUUUUGAAAGACUGAUUAAUUACACCAGCAAAGUCGAGAUUACAGUGUGGCACAUUGGGCAGUUGCAGGGAAUCGAUGUUAUCUAUAAAUCUGAGGUGUGGAUUUCACUCAUUUCCAGGUUUGAGUGAAUCAAUUGGACGACUGCCAAUGUGUCUCACUUCGCCAGUAAACUGAUUUGUUUUCUUUUUACAGUAAUUCCUACAACAGUAUUAGCUAAGUUAACAGAAGUAAAGUAUUAUCACAUUAACAGCUCCAUGUCUGUUCAUAGCAAGAGUAGUGUUUUAAUGAAGGAGAAAACAAGUGUUGAUCAUCAUAAUAAUAGCUUUUCUUCCCCUAAUCAUAGCAAAAUGACAAAUAUGCCUAUACAUGUUGAGACCUGUUGACUGAUUUGUUUUCGUCAGAGUCGCUCACUGCCUCUUCCUUGUGUAGUGUUUAGCCAGUAAAUGUUUUGAAGGUGUUACCAAAGGUUGCAACAAGAAGAAGAGAACAUGAUCACUGAAACAGAAAUGAGCAAAAAUCCUGAUCUGGGUUUAAUAGAAAUUGCAGAAAAAAAUCCUUUUCGAUGGGAUGGGUUUAACAAAUCCAAACAAUUUGGGUCAUUUCAGAGAGAAUUUAAUCCCAAAUGCUUUCCUCUGUAGCUAAUUGGGCCUCAAGUUCUCUUAAAUAAACUCUAAGACUAUUAUUGCAAUAAACACUUAAGCCCAGGUUUGGAGAGCUUUGUCCAUUUCUACACUUUUUAUGUUACAUGAAGAAGAAAAAUGAAGUUUUUUUCUUUUCUAGAGAUGUGAAUGUAAAUAUGUUUUUCCCCUUUAAGAGGGCCAACUGUACAGUAUACGACAGACUAUUUGUGUGUGUUUGUUUUUGGGGGUGGGGGGGUGGGGGAGGUUGGGGGUGGGUGAGUUACAUGGUGCAGUAUGGGAGCUCCAUGCGUUUUGAAUUAGUAGAGCAGGAAUGUUAGUGUUCCUCUGUGUCCUAUCUCGGGUUGGGGUGGUUUAUUUUAGGUCCAUCUCGUAUCUAUCGUGGGAGCUAGAAGCUGCAACAAAGAGAGACCUCCUUCACUUUCAAUCUCAGUAGCUGUAACACAUGAUAUAAUCUGCACCGAUCUCAUUUUACUCUUUUUUUUUAAUGACACUUGACUUGUAUGUAUAUGUUGUACUGUCAGAUGGAGGAUUUUUUUUUCUCAGCAGUCAGUUUCUAGCUGGAACCUUCUCUGGGUUUCUUUGCACUGUGCUGUAACUUUUUUGUCGGGACUCUCUUCGUCAUGGGUGAGACCCUCUUUUAUUAUCCCAGCUUACACAAAAAGUGAUCGGAUGAUUUCACGAUGACCUAUGCAUGCUCCAAGGACGUUAAUUAAUACAUCUGAUGAGACGGUAUGUGUAAAUAGAAAAAGCUGGCAUAGCAGUCUGUGAAGAGCAACAGACUCGUCACAUUUGUUGAAAUGCCUUCUGGAAACUUUUUUGCCAAAAACUAUAUGCCCUACCAGCAACUAACUGUAGGUGUGGUUUUUCUGAUCUGUGUUUUUGUUACUAGGACUAAGUUAUAUUAACUGCACUCAUUAGAGGAGAAACAGUAGUCAUUGGUAGUAUCUUAGUCCUGUGUCUGACCCAGAGUGAUUUUUCUUUGUAUGGCCAGGGCAUUCACUUUGUCGUCACUGAAUCACUAGCACCCUCUUGUGGAGGAAACACGAAGCCGCAGCUCCUCCUCAGCUGUGAGCAGCACAGUACCAGAGUAUCUGACAAAAUGUUAACAGACUACUGCGUCUCCUGUUACUAAACCCUGGCAUACUGUUGACAUGUCUGUCUCACUCCCUGCAUGUGUUUCUGAAGAGCGGGAACUGCUCUUUCUCUCUGUUUACACUGUCGUCAGAGGGUCACCGACAGGAAGAUUAUAGUAUACAUAAUACUGUAUAUCUGUAAAGAGCAAAACUUGUUUGGUGAUUACAUUCUACAAAAACAGAAAAAAAGGGAAAACAGCUGUGACAUUGCAAGACAGCCUGGAUGUAAAUAAAGAAGCGCUUGCCAAAGUUUGUAAAUGCCA